AUGGUGCCCCCAAAGGUCGCUGCGUCCCCGACGCCAGGACCAUUGCAGAGAGGAGGCCGAAACCGCAUUGCGGAAGCCCUUUACGCCUGGUGUCAGAAGCACUACGAAGUCGGCCAUGUCUUCGGUCAAGACGAACUCCUCUCCGCCGGCAUCAUCCCGAAUCAAGACCUCUCCAUCCUUCUCUCCUCUGUCACGCAUCUCGUCGAUCAGUCUCUCUUCAGACUCCAUGAUCGAAUUGGGGGCACCAUAGGCUGGGAGUUGGUAGACCAAGAGAAAGCCAAAAACUACGCAGGCCUUACCCGCGACGAGAGAAUCGUGUUGUUCAUCGUCGACGCCGCCGGCACCUCGGGAAUAUGGACCAAAAUCAUCAAGUUCCGCUCCUCCCUCCAUGGCAGGGUGUUGGAUCGGGUGUACAAGAGUCUGGAAGCAAAAGGCCUCAUCAAGCCCAUGAAACAUGUCAAGAAUCCUGGUCGAAAGAUGUACAUCCUUGCAGGAUUGGAGCCAUCCGAGGAAGCAAGCGGAGGGGCAUGGUUUUCCGAGGGUCGCCUCGAUAUCGGUCUCGUGGACACCAUUUCCAAAGUCGUCGAGCAUUAUGUUUCUACACAGAGUUGGCAGGUUGUCGAACCAGAAGACGAGGAGGAUGAGCCGCCUUUGCCGGGCCAGAAGCGGAAGGCCUCAGUGGCAGGACUCGAUAGUCCGGGUGACGAGAGAGUCAAAGCGGUAAAGGACAAUGAAGGACAGCAUAAGGCUAAAGGCCCGAAACACGCACCUCAGAAAUCUUACCGACCGUUCGAUGCCGGCUGGAGAUCAUAUCCCACUUUAAGGGACAUCACUAACCACAUUAUGAAAAUCAACGUCACACCUACGAUUCUCCCACAGAAUGCGAUUAAGCAGUUGCUGGAGGUGAUGGUAUACGAUGAUCGUUUAUUCAAGAUGCACCGCAGCCCGAACGAUGAUGAAAUUCCAGACGACCCGGUGUCCAACAUUGUGACGAUGUAUCGGUCCUUCAAGACUCCCAAUGAUCUACUCGAGCGACACCAGUUGGAGAAGCGCAAAGUCAGCAGCCAUGAGAGCGUCCGCAAGGCCGCACUGCGACAGCAAGAGCUGGAAGACAUUGGCCGAGGUGGAACAAGUGAAGUGCCCUGCAUGAUGUGCCCCGUCUUCGAAAUCUGCGGUGACGGUGGGCCGGUCAAUGCUGUCACCUGCAAAUACUUCGACCAGUGGUAUGUGAAACUUGCGGAGGCAGAUAAAGAAGCCGGUGUUGGGCAGUACAACCCCAAAGGGAAAGAGAAGAAUCAACACAAGGAUCGGCAAGAGACGAACCAGGUGGUGAAUGGCAACUCGGGGCCGAGGGUCGACGUCGACCUGGAACCGUCCUAG